AUACAUGUGGACGAUCCAAUCGCGAUAGUCACGGCAAAAAAGCGAUACUUUUUUCCAAAGAGAGCAAUAGUGAUUGCAACCUCAAGACGCGCGGGAAACCGCGGUGUACGGGGCUAUCUGGUUCAUCAUCAUCAGAAUAAGCUUCGAAUACGCCUUGAAUGUGAGGUCGUUACUAAAAAAAAAAAGUGUGUGGUUGCCGAAGACUUCGAUAUUUACGGCGAACGAGUUGGUGUGUUUGGUUGGCAAAGCGAGAAUUGCACAUUUCGAACCGGUCAAUAGAACCAGAGGGAAUUUGGGGUGCAGUUUACAAAGGUUUACUAAGAUAGAUGGGCGUAAGGGGGUAUACAACUAUUACUGUAAGAUUUUGGUAUUAGUGAGAGAGAAUGUCUACUACUAGUAAAAAGCCUCACAAAGGUGAGCGUAAGAGCGAGCGUAGGAGGCAUUCAGAAAGCAAGACUCGUCAGAGGCACAGAGAAGAGGCUAAACCGUCUAUUGGAGAUUUUUACGAGAUAGAAGAUGAAGUCUUGGGGAGUGGCUACUUUGCGAUUGUGAUGUUAGGAAAGGACAAGAGGACGGGCGAGAAGGUAGCAAUCAAGGUGAUAACAAAGAGUAAGGUAGAGAACCCCCAGUUCCAGAAUGAGAUUAACAUUAUGAGCAAGGUUAGCCAUCCCAAUGUGGUAGGACUUCGCGCGGUAUUUGACACAUCAGCCAAGUUGUUCAUAGUGAUGGAGUUGGUUCAAGGCGGUGAGUUGUACGAGUUGAUUAGCAAGAGAAAGAGGUUUUCUGAGGAGGAGACGAGUUACAUUAUGUGUCAGGUGUUUUCGGCAUUGAAGUACAUUCAUAAUAUUGGGAUUGUUCAUAGGGACUUGAAGCUUGAGAACAUGCUUCUGGUUGACAAGGAUGGUUUGGACAUUAAGCUGGCGGACUUUGGGCUGAGCAAGCUGUAUGCUGGUCAGGCGCUGAAGACGGCGUGUGGGACGCCGUUUUAUGUGGCACCUGACAUUCUUCAGGGGUCUGGGUAUGGGCCUGCCGUUGACAUGUGGUCUUGUGGGGUUAUUACCUAUGUACUCCUUUCGGGUCGUCUUCCGUUUCAUGCGAACAACGACGCCGAGCUGUUUCAAUUGAUCAUUCAAGGGAAUUUGGUUUUUAAGUCUCCUCAAUUUGACACGGUUUCAGAGAAGGCGAAGGAUCUCAUUCGUCGGUUGUUGGUUGUCAAUCCGGAGCGUCGUUACACGGCCGAGCAGGCGUUGCAGCAUCCGUUUGUCAGGGACAUGGGUGGUUCUAAGUUCGGUCUUCGCCGCGACGAGCCGAUAUCGGACGUAUUGAAGCCAGGUUCUGAGUUGCUGGUGGAAGGUAGGUCUAAGAACGACGGUUAUAAAUAAACUUUCUCUGGUGUCGAAGGA